AUGCUUACAACCAGCAGGGAUGUUGAAGUGAAUAUGGCAGCAGCAACAACACGAUUUAUUGGCAGCUUAUCACCACUAAGGUUAACGAAGCCUCUGUUGAGUCUCAGCGCCAUCAAUAGCAAUUAUCAUCGUUUGUAUUCUUCGAAGAGAAAGAUACAGGUUGGAGAUACACUUCCUGAUGUGAACUUGUAUGAGGGAAGUCCAGAUAAUCCAAUACUUGCGAGCGAGCUGUACAAGGGAAAGAAGGGUGUACUGUUUGCAGUGCUUGGAGCAUUCACCCCAGGAUGUACAAAUACUCACAUACCAGACUACCUGUCUUUGUAUGAGAAAUUCAAGGAAGAAGGCUACAUGAUAUCGUGUGUUUCUGUGAAUGAUCCCUAUGUGAUGAAAGCUUGGGGCAUUAGCACGAAUGCUGCUGGAAAGAUUCGAAUGUUGGCUGACCCCCGUGGAGAAUUCACUAAAGCCCUAGGCAUGGAAAUUGACUGCAAACAAGUCCUAGGGGGCAUUCGCUCACAGAAGUAUUCACUUGUCAUUGACGAUGGCAAAAUCUUGAGCAUCAAUGUUGAACCAGAGCACACCGGCCUCACUUGUUUACUGUGCAUUAAGAACAUGAAAGCUGAUGAUGCUGUACUCCAGAAUGGAUGA